AGGAGAAGCAGCUUCCCAGAGACAUCUCCAUCGUGAGUCGCACCUAUUAUGAGUGCUGGGGCACACGGGAAGGUUUGUGCGGGUGGAAUGGCUGUUGCCGGAGCCGCAUGUAGGGAUGCUGCACUGUCUCUCCCCACACAAUAGGCGCGCAUGUUCCAGCCGGCACUGAAGCGGGAGAUCGGAAGAUGCAGAGAGUCGCAUAGCGGCAGGAUGGAGCAGGCAGCCGCACACUGAUUUCCGGGGGACACCUUAGCAAGCUGCCACAUCUCCGUAUGACCCAGGCUACUGUGCCCAGUGGGAGACAUGCGGAUCUGGAGCUCGGAGCAUGUGUUCAGCCAUCCAUGGGAUACAGUAAUUAAAGCUGCCAUGAGGAAAUAUCCAAAUCCUAUGAAUCCCUGUGUAGUGGGGGUAGAUGUUGUUGACCGGAAUCUCGACCCCCAAGGCAGAUUACACAGUCAGAGACUACUGUGCACAGAGUGGGGCCUGCCUAGCCUUGUAAGAGCGAUACUUGGAACCAACAGAACACUGACGUACAUAAAGGAACAUUCUGUGGUUGAUCCAAUAGAGAAGAAAAUGGUUCUGUGCUCAACAAAUAUUUCACUAACAAACCUGGUUUCUGUUGAUGAACGUCUGGUUUACACUCCUCAUCCUGAAAAUCCAGAAGAAACAGUACUAACCCAAGAAGCCAUAAUUACUGUAAAAGGUGUCAGUCUGAGCAGUUAUUUGGAAGGCUUGAUGGCCAGCACAAUCUCAUCGAAUGCCAGAAAGGGGUGGGAUGCAAUUGAAUGGAUUAUACAAAACUCAGAAAGCACUGUAAGCUAGCAGUGUCUGCCUCCGACUUACUAACUAGUGAUCUAAUGACAAAUGAAGCUGUGACACUGGCACAAAGCUGACGUCAGAACUGCAGAGAAACCUGUCGGAGAGCGGCUGUAUCUUCACCACAAAGAAAAGCACAAACGCCUUGCACGGGAGGCAUAUUCUGACACACCGAAUGCUUCUAUCAUUGAGCUCAUUCAUUUUUAUAUUUUUGUACAAUAUUUCUUAUGCAAUCAAUCUCAGACUAAGAUUUGCGCAAUAAAUGUGUUGGUUCUCGGCAUGGAUCUCUCCCCUUCCCAUUUGCCCAGACUUAUUAAUGAUUUACGAAACAUAUUUGUGAUUAGAAAUUUCCCAGAUUCAUACACCAUAAAUUUGUCAUUCAUUGCAACAGACUGACACCCCUAGAAAAUCCCAUUUACAAUCUUGUUGCUUCCAUUUCAGAUAUGCUAUAAUCGCCCCUGUAUGGUUUUUAUCCUUUUCGUCACACGAUGCUUUUCUGAUAGUCAGCCAAUGAACUCAUUUUAGGAAUAUCUGUGAAUUUUAACUAGGGAAAUUAUUUUCAUGCAUUUUAAGAUUCCUCGAAAUGCAUACAACUUACCAAGCAGGUGGAAUCACUAUUAGUGCACUAUUGAUCAAUACUAUUGGCAUGAGCUGCCUACAUGUGGUUGCACAACUGUAAAAAUGCACUCUAUGCAGUGGGAAUGUUUAUAUGAGUAGAAGGCCUGAUUAAAAAAUAAACAGAAAUAAUUACAACAGUAA